GAGUAGAGAGAGGAGGGAGAGGAGGAGAUCGCCGGCGGCGAGGAGGGGAGAUGGACAUCAUCUCGCAGCUGCAGGAGCAGCUCAACGAGAUGGCCAUGGUGGCGGUCAACACGUUCGGGACGCUGCAGCGGGACGCGCCGCCGGUCCGCCUCUCCAACAGCUACCCGGACCCGCUCAACCCCACCACCGCAAACCCUAGCCCCGACGACCCCGCCCAGCCGCAGCCGCAGCCCGGAGCGGCGGCGGUGGCCGGGAAGGGGGCUCCGGCGCAGGCCCAGCCAGCGCCUGCGGCGCCGCCUGCGCUCGACCUCGCCGAGCAUCCCAAGGCCAUGAGCCACGCGCUCGUCCUCGCCGCCAAGAAGUUUGAUGCUCUUGUUUCUGCGUUGCCACUAUCAUCUGAAGAGGAUCAGCUGAAAAGGAUUAAAGAGCUCCAGGCAGAGAAUGAAAUUGUAGGAUCAGAGCUUCAGAAGCAACUGGAAGCUGCUGAACUAGAGCUGAAGCAGGUUGAGGCUCUGUUUAAUGAAGCUACAGAUCAUUGUAUAAAUUUGAAGAAACCAGAUUAAUAGUUAUCCAUGUGACUGAGCGCAUUUUGAGGUCAUGGUGGUCGAAACGUGAAUGCCAUCUGCCAGUGCUACUUGUAGCUUGUGAAGCUCAGCUAGAUUUGU